UCAGCCAGGUGCGUCAGGCUGGGAGAUAAUUACCGAUGUGAACCAUGUCAAUCAUAGGGACACACUGAGGCGUUUUAAUGCAGAGGAAACGACAUCAGCCACCGAAUAAAUCUUAAACGUGGGAAAACAUCUUGCUCUGUUGUGACGCAGUAAUUAAAUAGACCAUUAAACCAGUUUCACUGGUCAUGAGGGGCGAUACAACCACGGAGAAUGGGGAGGAGGCAGACCAUCACGGAGAGAGUGCAGCAACAGAAAGACGUCCUAGUAUUGUGACACUUCAAAAUAUGCUAAAGAGAGUUUCCCAAAGCCCUUUCCAUAAUCAAUACAACACUCUUGUUUCAUCAACCUCUGACUCCAGUGGAUCAUCUGCAAAUGAGUCUCAAAACAAACAGGAUGAUGAGUUCCUUAGUGAUCUCUCAGCUGCUGCUACAGAUGUGAUAGACAAUCGUCAGCUACACUUUGGACAGAAGGGGUUGAAGAUGGAUGAUAAUAAUCUCCUUCCUGCUGCACCCCAGAAUGGAGUCAGCAGGGGUUUGGCCAGAUCUAACCCUUUUUAUACAGAUUAUUUAGAAUCUGGAAGCAAAAGUAAUGGCACAGACGAUGUAGGGAGGAAAACCUCAGGAGAAGUAAGCCUCGAUACCAUCUUUGUCCCUCCGCCUGAAUUUCAGAGUUCGCCUCUAGAUUUUCAGCAAGACAGCAAGACCAUGGAAAAUGGAGCCAAAUGUUCAGAACCUGAAAAGGACCUAUUCCAGACCCUCAACCAUAACCCUAUGCAAGACCUCUUCCAGACAUCAAUGUCAGCCCAAAAUGCAUCUGCCAAUGGUCAUUACCAUGAUGUAACUCUGAACUCACCUGAGACAAAUCCUCCUCAGACACAGAACCUCUCAAAAAACGUGCAGUCAAAAGACUCCGAUCUGUUUAAAGGUGAAGUGGAGAAUCUUUUCCAUGCUGUUAAAGGAGAGAGUUCACACCAUGCUGCACAUGCUAAGGAGGUGAACCUCUUUGAUAAAUCUCCCAGUAUUUUUGUGGACCCAUUCAAAUCUCCUUCAAACAAGGAAGAUGAUCUGUUCCAAUCCCCACAGUGUGCGGCAGUGAAUCCGUUUUAUUCUGCCACGACCAAGGAAACACUUUUGUGUCAAGCUGUUCCAACUGAAAGUGGUCUAGUAAGGCCAAAGAGUUUUUCUAUGAAUGAUCGGGAUGUAUUUUCACCGUCAUCCACAAAUACAUUUGACCCAUUCCCAAGUCCGAUUACAAGGGAUUUAUUCCAAGACGUCUCCAAUCUGGAUGACCCGUUUGGUACAACUCCUUCUAAACAAUAUGACCCUUUCAAAGAUGAUUUCAAUGGGACUCCAGACAUCUUCCAACCUCUUCCCUCAAACACUGUCAACAACAGUGAUAUAUCCAAGAUAACCCCCAGCAAUACAGCUUCUAAGGCUACGUACUCUACACCUUCACUCAGCAGUCUGUCAGAAAUUAACUUGGACAAACUAUCGUCACCGGAUCUGUUCAAGGCAACACCAUCAGAGCCUCUGUCAGCCAUCCAAACGAAGUCUUCCAACAUGCCACAUGAGAUUGUGCUGAUGACUCCUCAGGGAACCAAACAUGAUAUUCUUCAACCAACUCCCUUCAGUCAGGCCAGGAAUCUGUCAGUGUCACCCAGCCAAUCUCCAGCUGAAAUGACCCAUAUGCAGACUUUCAAACGUCCGCCAAAGCCACUCCCUCGAACUAGACCGCCCAGGAGAGAAAAGCCACCCGGGACAGAAAAGCCACCCAGACCAGAAAAGCCAUCCAAACCAGCAAAACCUGUUGAACCUGAACCAACUGUACCAAAUAUGUCCCCUAAAACAGCCCUCAGACCGCUCCCAAAACCAGUUAUUCGCCGGAAGCCAAAAACUCAAGAAUAUAAACCGAUGAACCCUGAGAGCUAUGUUGUCUUUGAGGACAUCCUGCUCACUGGACAGGAAAGGUGUGUGGAAGACUGGCCCGAGGACAGCCCUGAGUUAAACUCUGACUUCCAACCAUCUGGAAAAUUUAGACUACGGCGAGAAUCAUUGAAGGUGAAGGUGGACUCUGAUGGAGGAAGUGGAGAAGAUCAGGAUGGCUCUGGAAGUCACAGCAAGAAAAAAGACAGAAAAUUCAGAGUCCACUCCAUACUCCCCAGAAGAGGCUCAAAGGAUAAAUUUCCUGAUGACACAAAGGAGGGGAGGAGUAGAACAUUACCAACUCAACGUAAAUCAUCAAAGGAGUAUUUUUCUGAAAUACACAUGUCACCAGAAGAGAAUGAUGAUGGAGAUGAAUAUGGGAUGGACUACAAAAAGAAACCUCUGAAAGCCAAAGUCAACCAGCUGCUUAGAAGAGCAUCCAUUCCCUCCUCCGUCCCAGAGGGGAAGUGCAUGAACAGACACUUACCUCAAGAAUCAAAGGAUGAUGACAUCAAUACGAAAACUCUUGGCAAAAAAAACUCCAUAAUACGACGAUGGUCAGAGGGGACUGUACUGGAAAACAGCACUGGUGAGGAAGAGGAGGAAGGAGGAGAAGCACAGCACGAAGAGAAGACAAAAAAGAAGAUGAAAAUCAAAUUUGUACCACACAGAGGAUUUGUCAUCAGUGUAGAAAAGAACGACGAGGAACUGAAGGGGGCACAUGGAUAUACACCUCGCAAAGGCUCAAAUGAGAAAUCGCAAGAGGAAAUUUUUGGCACACAUGGCUACACACCUCGUAAGAAGUCGCAGGAUGAUGUGUUUGAGGAUGUAGAGGAGAUAAAAGGCCACACUCUUCAGUCAACUAGCAAGGCUGCUUUCUUGGAUGAUGAGUACUUACAGAAAACAUACCACAUGUCUCCUGGAUUAAAUGGCGAUGAAGAUACUUAUGGAAUGGAAGACUGCAAACCUAAGAAACAUUCAAUCGUGAAACUGCUGCACAUGGGCCGUCGUAGCUCUAAGGAGGACAUGCUGGAUGACAACAAUCCGAAGAAGAGUAGCUUCUCAGCAGAGGAGCUGGAUGAUGAAGAACUAUAUGGGAUGGAGGACUGCAAACCGAAAAAAUCCAAACAUAAAGGUCCUAUUCCCUUACCACGCAAAUCUAAGACAACCCAUGAGGCCACUGGACAGAGUGAGCUGAUCGGAUUCAGGCACUCUACACCACAACAUGCAGCCAAUGAUGGGUUUGCUGAGGAUGAAUUUGCUCAAACAGGAAAAGAUUUCAUGAGUCCCAGAGAGAUGUAUGACAUUGAACAAGAUGAACUGGAAAUCUGCAAACCAGUGAAGAGGCUAUCGAGACUCAAAGGCCUCAAAAAGCACAAAGCUAAGAGCAAAGCUAUGCAGCUCGAAUGUGAGGAUCCACCAGGAGCUACGUGUAGCGACUACCUGUCAGAGGCCGCUAAGGAUGGGUUUGCUGAGGAUGAAUUUACUCAAACAGGAAAAGAUUUCAUGAGUCCCAGAGAGAUGUAUGACACUGAACAAGAUGAACUGGAAAUCUGCAAACCGAAGAAGCUAUCAAAACUCAAAGGCCUCAAAAAGUACAAAGCUAAGAGCAAAGCUAUGCAGCUCGAAUGUGAGGAUCCACCAGGAGCUACGUGUAGCGACUACCUGUCAGAGGCCGCUAAGGCGGAGUGGCUGGCUGCUCAGAUGGACGAACGUGCUAUGGCGGGUCUGGAGGAUGGGGACGAGGAAGGGGACACUGACAGUUUGAUGGAGUGGUGGUACACUGUGGAAAAAUGGGAUGAGGUGCCAUCAGACGAUGAGGAAAAAGUCAUAAAAGAGGAUGAGUCCAAGUCCUUCACCAUCUUGGCUGACAAGGUUAAUCGCGGACUGCGUGUCUUCAACAAGGUCUUCACAGAGCGUGCAGAGGUCCUCUGGCAUUCUGUCAUCACACUCCAUGCCAUCGCAGAUGACAUCAGCAACUUCCACCACAAGGCCAAGAUCGCUGGUAUUACCGGCGGCACCACCACAGCUGUCGGUGGUGUGACAGCCAUCGCUGGUCUAGCUCUGGCACCUUUCACCUUUGGUGCCUCUCUUGUAGUUACAGCCGUUGGUGUAGGUGUAGCAACAGCUGGUGGAAUCACUUCAGCCUCUGCGGCAAUCUCGGAUAACGUUAACAACAUGCAUGACCGGAAGAAGGUGGAGACGGUACUGCAGGAGUAUGAGGAUCACCUGCUGGACAUUGGGAAGAUCCUCCACUUUGUCAACCAAGGCUUGUACAAACUCCGCGGGCAUCCUUUCCUCAGGUCCGGCACACAGCACUACUCAGAGGACUGGGAGGUCCGCAGGGCCGUCCAGAUGAUCAGCUUAGUUGACUCACCUGUGAUGCGAGCGACCGAGAUAACAGACACAGGUGUGGCCUCAGUCCAAGGACUUUUCAAAGGCAUGGACAAGUACUUCCUCAAGGACUCCCGGGAGCUGAAGAAAGGCUGCAAGAAAGAGGUGGUAGGUCAGAUAAAGGAGGUGGCUAAUAUUCUUAAUGACGGGAUAGUGGAGCUCAACUCCAUCAGAGAGGAGCUACAGGAUGCUACUGGAAACAUGUGAGCAGCAUUCCGCAUGAAACCACUUGGAUCAUAUCAUUAUUUCUCAAAGAUCACCACCCCCCUCUCCUGGCUGAAAUGGGGAACUGUUGGUUUAAAGAAAUUCAUGAACCAAUCGAGAAGUUUCAAUAAUAUUAAAAGGGUUUAUGAGGCAGAGUUUUUAUCCACAUGAGUUAGUUGAACACUGCAGAAUCUGGACUUUAUAAGAGAUUUAUGCACCUGGCAGUGUAUUCCCUCCCAUUGCAAUAUUCUUGCAAGUAAAAACAACCUUUGUAAAGAGUUAUAAUGGUAAUUUUGUUGUUGAUUGUCAAAGAGAGAUGUUAAUUCAACUCUGGUAACUUUUAAGGCUGCAGGCUGUUGUUGUAUUAUAUUGUAAGGUGUUCACUGUCCACACAUGCACUGUUCAGAAUAACAAGAACAUUCAUUUUUUGCACUGUUUGUAUUGUUCUGGGCAUAAAAGGUGUAUCAGAAAAAUGUAGUUUUAUUGACACAGGUGGAUUGUUUUUUUUUUAAUGAUUUCUAGUUCAAUUUGUCCACCCACUGUAUACACACAAAGAAGUCAACAUCUAAAUAAUAGCACCCUGCAAUAUUAUGCAAUCAAAAAAUUAAAUUAAAUUGUAUUUAAUUUUACCCAUUUCUAUUAUGUUGUCCAAUCUAUAUAUUGGAUAUCAGCAUAAUCAAACAGGUUAGUUGAGAAUCUACCAUGAGACUCAAAAAAGGGCAAACUGUGCAGGCAAAAAGUGCCACCUUAUGGAUUUUGUAUGUUUAUAGUUGUCAUUAGUUUAACUGUACUAACUGUACUCUAAUUACUAUACUGGGCUACAUUUGUAAAUAGUAAGUUUCUGCUCACAUCAUCUUAUAAGGAUAUGCAGUUUUCAAAAAUAUUUUUAUCUUUUAUUAUUAUAGAGUAACUUAUUUUUAAUAUAUUACUUUAUGGCAUUGCUUCAAAACAUCAAUCUAAUACACAUCUAAAUAAAUAUUUUUUUGUUGUUUCUAUGGCCAAGAGAUGGACAAAAUAACUAAAAUAAAAGAAAUAUCGUACAAUAUUAAAGCCCUGCAGUACUGUUGCAGUAAUGUUAAAAUUUUCUUCAUUUUUUUUUAUUGAGACUGUGUCAGUGGUGUGUUGAAUCAGCUUGAUGGUCAUUGUUAAACCUGGAGUUUGUUGUUUACUGAUGCACAAGUUGCAAAAUUUUCAACAAUUUCCAUCUGCAGGUUUUCGUUGCUAGUAAUGUUGAUAACAUUAACACAUUACAUUGACAAUGUAAAAUUAUUUCACAAAACAUGUAUUGUCAUCUGUGUCUAGAUGGUUUAUAGAAACAUUCUGUGCACACAUAUUUGGUUACAUUUGAGCUUUUGUUAAUUCCUUCAUAUUGUUAACCAUUCUGUUUUCUUUACAAAAACUGGAGACACUUUUGCUCAUAGCAUGUUUCCUCUAAGUAAAUAUGUUUGUGCAUAUGUGUAGGUACUGUUAUUGUAACUCUCAAUCAUGGUCUUCCACCUUCAUUAAUUUAAUCUCAAUGGAAAUGUUUUAAAAUAUCAAAUAUUAUAUUUUAGUAUAUUCAAAUAUUUUAAUGGAACACUGAAUCUGUGAAUAAAGACUGUUUGCAAAUGUG